GAACGAACGCGUCGCGGCGACGGCGUCUGUACCGGCCGAUCAUCUGUGCAUACGUUACGUCACGAUCGAUAUCUUGUACACUCAAGUGCAUUGUUGCAGUGCGUUUAUACAUUCGUUACAUUAAAGUGUAAAUCAUAUUUUAUUAGAAACUAUUCCGGCAGAUAUGACAGUGAUUUUUAAAUUAACGUUCCAGUGAGUUAGUUGGCUGUUCGAAAAUUAGCUCUCGUGUAUUAAGUCGCUGCAAAGCAUGGGCGCGCCAGCAUGGGGUACGCGUGGUGGUGGUGGCGACCGACCACGGCUACUGCGUAUGACACCGCUACGACACAGCUUCGCAGCGCCUGCAUCACCGGCCGCGCCACCUCAACCGCGAGCACAUGACUACGCUUCUGACGCCGACACCAAUAAGAAAGAAGAAGGAUGGAACGCUAACUUAUCACAAAGAUGGCGCAAACUUCGACGGCGCUGCUCGCGACUACGACCCGGCUCGGGCAACCGUGAACCAAGUCCAGUGCGCUGCUCUCCUUCGCCUCCAAGACAGCCAAACCAAUGUUCACCGGCACCCCCAUCAAAACUUUCCUUUCGUCAUCGAGGAAAAGUCUACACAACAGCCUCCUUAAGAGUGACGAGUGGAGCUCCAGACUUACUAAGAGCAUUGGGCAAAUUAGGUGGAGGCCUAAGAAGACGUGCUCUAUCAGCUCACGACGUCUUAUCUCCACCUCAGCAGCAACCAUCCACAUUUUAUGUUCCCAGCCCUACAGCUGUGCGACAAAACACGUCACCUUCGCCAUCCAGACAAUCGGCCACAGUAAGACGACGUUGCAGCUCUCCUAAUGUAUAUAGAUCAAAAGGAGCAUCGAAAGAUCCACUCAUCAAUCAAGAUGAUGAAAGUCACGAUGUAGUAGACUACAGCUAUAUGAGUGACAGGAGGAAAAGUAGUUCCGAGGGACGAAAUCGGCGUCCGUACAGCGAGAAUGUGGAAUUAGACGUUCCUUAUAGAAACGGCUACAGUAGACUGCCAACAGAUAUAAACCAAAAGAUAUGGGAAGAACCAUACAGGCUACCGCGUGUACAAUCUCGACAAGAUCCUAUGCAACAGUUGAAAAACGGCGUAUCGGAGCUAAGAGUGAGCGCGACACCGCGAUCAGCUCGUCCACCGCCCGCGCCUCCAUCGACAAAUCUUCAAAAAAGACCACCAGCCCCAGAUCCGCGAGAUUUACAUCAAUUUGAGGUUCGUUUCACAAAAUCAGCCGGAGGCAAAGGUUUGGGUUUCAGCAUUGUGGGAGGGCGCGAUUCUCCUCGAGGCGACAUGGGGAUAUUCGUAAAGACAAUUUUUAACAACGGACAAGCCGCCGAAUCGAUUCUACGAGAAGGUGAUGAGAUCAUAUCUGUUAACGGUAGAGGUACGGCCGGGCUGACGCACGGAGAAGCCAUUCGGUUGUUCAAAGACGUCCGCGCCGGGCCCGUGCUUCUGAGAGUAACGCGCAGGGCGCCAGCUCGCUGACUGCCCUGCGCCUGUUGCUUCGAACCAUCGCAGCCACAGGCGCCAAUGCUUAAUGAUAUAUAUUCCACAUUGUAACAAACACUUCAAUAAUAUUACUU